GCGUUCCUUGAGCCAAAAUGUCCCACCCUUGCUGCAGUUCGUAGUAACCUUCUUCUCCAUUCGGGGGAGGGAUUUACGAGAGCCGUCGCACGAACUAUUUCUGCCCCGACUUCUGUGGAAGACUGGAAAAUGGCCUAGCCGUGCCAGGAGAUAUACAUCAGAUGUCAAAGACGUUAUCGGUUGUUUAUACGACACGAAGUAUGUUGGAUUUUACCCGUGGAGUUUCAUAGCGGAAUCGUGCGUGAAGAUGACGGGGAUUCCACCGGUUUGGCUGUCCAAUGUGUGCGAGACUGGGUGAGACAAGGGCUCUGUCAGGAGCCUUUGUGCAGAUUUACCUGCAAUUACUGAAGAGGACCUCUAGGCAGGUUCACACAGCUCUUGGCAGGGUGGAGUUUCUUGACCCAUGGAGAAUUACUUCCAGGCUGAGGCCUUUAACCUGGACAAGGUGCUGGAUGAGUUUGAACAGAAUGAAGAUGAUACAGACACACCGACUCUCUCGGAUGCCAAAUGGACUCAGAUUCUGGCCCCUCCGUCACACCUUCUUUCCUUGAACCCUGCCUUAACCCACUCUGACCUCAGCCCAAGAGAUAGUCCCAUUAGCUUCAAGCCCCUUCUGGACGCCCACACCUCAGACAGCUCCUCUUUGGCUGAAGUCACCAGGUUAGAGGGGAAGCAGGGGCUGGGGCAACAGCCAGAGGGCAGGAGUGAGGACCGGCGAGCAGAUGUUCACAGUCCCCCUCUGUCCCAGCCCAACAUUGGCAAGCUGGUGAGCACUGAUGGGCAGUUGCCAGAUUUGCCAUCCUCUAACAGAGUGGGCCUGGAAAAUAGCUAUUCAGCUAGUCUUAAUCAUAGCGGAUGUUCGGAAGUCCUUCUGGGCAAAAAUGAAACAAGUCAGCCUAUUUCAGACCAACAAAGUGUUAUUGAUACUGGUCCCUUUGAGCUUAGGAUGGAGCAGAAUGGUACCGAUGAGAGAAGUGUUGCUGGUUUUAAUGACUCUCAACUCUCCUUUCCCAAGGAAGUACUUAUCACUAGGAAAUCCGUUUUGAAGAAUGGUGGCUCAUCUUUUGAGAUGGAGGCAAGCAAGACUUCCAGUGGUAGUUCACCUGUAGGGGACCAGGAAGUUGGAAUGAGGGACUGUAAUCUGGAAUUUCCAGAGGGAAGUGAUCCCCAGAAAGGGGAAACAGUAUUGCACAAAACAGCCAAUGGCAGUGUGGAGCUGGACUGCAUGAGAGAGAAUCAUGAGGGUGCCUUUCAGAAUGGUGGACUGGUUGAGACUGAAAGUGAAGGGAAAGACACUUGGACAUCAAAUCAGGAAGAGAAUGACAAAGCACUAAAUAAAGUCCAGGAGGGGACACACAGUGACUCAGUUGCUGAAUCAUCAGGGGUGGAGAAGUCCCUGUCCAAUGGACUGAUUGUGGACCUUGAUAGAGAUGCGGACAGCCAGCCACCAGUCCCUUCAAAGGAGGACUCUGUGACAGAGGAAAAAGAGAUGGAGGAGAGCAAGCAAGAGUGUUGUGAUCCAGUUCGGGGAUCAGAAGCUGGCAGAACUGGCAAACUCAACAACAGCCGGCUGCAGCCUGUCAGUGUGCCCUACGGUGGCGCUCGGCCAAAACAACCUGUCAGUUUAAAGCUGCAAAUUCCCCAGCCUCUCUUGAGCCAAGUCCAGAAUGAAUUUGGCACUACUGGCAAGAACAAGAACCUGGUGCCACAGGGUAUGACAGAAGGCCCUGAGUCAUCUUGUGGAGGAACAGGGUUUGGAGUAGUUCGAUUGAAUGGAGAGACUGGUGAUGAUUCGUCAGCCUCGCUCAUCCCUUCUGAGAGUCCCGACAAUGACAUUCUGGCAAGCCAACAGGGGGCCUUCUCUAGGAAACCUUUCAGUUCUUUGGGGGAGGUGGCCCCUGUAUGGGUUCCUGACUCUCAAGCACCCAUUUGCAUGAAAUGCGAGGUCAAGUUUACCUUCACUAAAAGAAGACAUCAUUGUCGGGCUUGUGGCAAGGUGUUCUGUGCAGCAUGUUGUAGUCUGAAAAGCAGGCUGAUGUACAUGGACAGGAAAGAAGCGAGAGUUUGUGUAACCUGCCACCGUGCUCUCAUGAAUGCUCAAACAUGGGAAAAUAUGGGAGGUGGCUGCAAUCAGAGCCCCAAUCCCAACAACCCAGCGGAGUACUGCUCCACUAUUCCCCCUCUGCAGCAGGCCCAGGCAUCAGGAGCACUCAGCUCCCCACCACCAACUGUCAUGGUGCCCGUCGGUGUCCUCAAACAGCCAGGAACUGACGGUUCACUAACUCGAGAGCAAAGAAGGGUAUGGUUUGCUGAUGGCAUUCUCCCCAACGGGGAAGCUACAGACUCGGCUAAAGGCCCUGCGGCAAAUUCCAAUCCUCCACAGCCUGUGGCUGCAUCCCAGUACUCAAGCAAAUCCUCAGGAGCCAAUGCUUCUGAGGUGGCCCGUGCCCCUGGAGCCCUGACUGCUAACCCUUUGGGCAGCUCCCUCAGUCUGAUUCCAGAGGACGGGCUUCCUCCCAUCCUCAUCUCCACAGGAGUCAAAGGAGGUACGGGAGGCCACAUCACAGACUAUGCUGUGGAGGAGAGACCUGCUGAGAUUGUGCUAAUGCAGCAGCUUGAGGAGGGGGAUUCUGAUCCCCUGGUAUUUGUCCUUAAUGCCAACCUUCUGGCCAUGGUGAAACUUGUCAACUAUGUGAAUAGGAAAUGCUGGUAUAUGACAACAAAAGGUAUGCAUGCCGUCGGCCAGGCGGAGGUAGUAGUGCUUCUACAGUGCCUGCCUGAUGAGAAAAGCAUUCCCAAGGACAUCUUCAGCCACUUUGUCCAUCUCUACCGGGAGGCACUCACAGGAAAUGUGUUAAGCCACCUGGGUCACUCCUUCUUCUCUCAGAGCUUCCUGGGAAGCAAGGAGCAUGGCGGCUUCCUUUACAUUAGCCCCACUUUCCAGUCCCUGCAGGACCUGCCUUUGCCUAACCCACCAUACCUCUUUGGCAUCCUGGUGCAGAAGUGGGAGACCCCCUGGGCCAAGGUCUUUCCCAUCCGACUCAUGCUUCGCUUAGGGGCGGAAUACAGAUUCUAUCCCUGCCCACUAUUUAGUGUUCGCUUCAGAAAACCACUCUUUGGAGAGACAGGCCAUACCAUUAUGAACUUAUUAGCGGAUUUCCGUAACUACCAGUACACGUUGCCAGUGGUUAAGGGGCUGGUGCUGGACAUGGAAGUGAGGAAGACCUGCAUCAAGAUACCCAGCAACCGUUACAAUGAGCUGAUGAAGGCAAUGAAUAAGUCCAACGAGCAUGUGCUGGCCAUGGGAGCGUGCUUCAAUGAGCGGGCAGAUUCCCACCUUGUGUGUGUUCAGAAUGAUGAUGGUAACUACCAGACGCAGGCUAUCAGUAUUCAUCACCAGCCUCGCAAAGUUACUGGUGCCUCCUUUUUCGUGUUCAGUGGGGCUCUGAAGGCUUCAUCGGGCUACUUGGCUAAGACCAGUAUUGUUGAAGAUGGUGUGAUGGUGCAGAUUACAGCUGAAACUAUGGAGGCCUUAAGGCAAGCCCUAAGAGAGAUGAAAGAUUUCAGUAUUGCCUGUGGGAAAGCUGAUCAGGAAGAGAACCAGGAGCAGGUCCAAAUCCAAUGGGUUGAGGAUGACCACAACAUUAACAAGGGAGUCAUCAGCCCUAUUGAUGGGAAAUCCAUGGAGUCAGUCACCAGCAUUAAGAUCUUCCAUGGCUCAGAGUAUAAGGCCAAUGGGAAAGUCAUCCGCUGGACAGAGGUGUUCUUCCUGCGGAGUGAGGACCAGACCAGUGGCCUGAGCGAUCCUGCAGACCACAGCCGACUCGCUGAGAACGUGGCAAGGGCUUUCUGCAUGGCCCUGUGCCCUCACCUAAAACUUCUCAAAGAGGAUGGCAUGGCAAAACUGGGCCUGCGGGUCACGUUGGACUCUGACCAGGUGGGCUACUUAGCUGGAAGUAACGGCCAGCCACUGCUCCCCCAGUACCUGAGUGAUCUUGACAGUGCCCUCAUCCCAGUGAUCCAUAGCAGGGCUUGCCAGCUGAGUGAGGGGCCUGUGGUUAUGGAGCUCACCUUCUACAUCCUGGAGAUCAUCUCCUGAAAGGAGGGUAUCCGUCCAGCUCUCCUUUCUCCUUUCUUCCUUUGCCUAUCUCUCUCCCUCUCUCUCUCAUUUGCACUUCAAAAAGCCUGAAAGCUGUGCAGGAAAAAGUCCUCCAUGCCAUCUAUGCACCAUCUCCACUGGGACCCUCAGCCCAGCCCCUCUGAAUGUGGUGAUCUUUCGUUUCUCCCCACCUCCACUGUGGAAACCAUAGGCCCUGUUGAUUGACAAGAAAGGGCGGUAACCCUGAAUCAGAUCUCUUCAGAAUCCAUUGUAGCAACAUUAAGCUCCUGAAAAAAAAGAGGGGGCUGUAACCUCACGGCCCUUAUGGAGACUCUCCUUGGAUAUUGAGAAUUAAAGACUGAGAGAAACUCUAGCAGGAUGAUUUGCUCUAAGAAAUGGUUUCUGGUGGACAGUGCCUGGGACUCGAUACGAAACAAGGAAUGGAUUCCUUUGAGCUUCAGUCUCGUCUCUAAGCUUUAUGAAUCACCAGAUGCUUUAUUUCAUGAAACUGGACCUCAAUUUGUUUUAUUUGUCUUUUUUUUUUUUUUUAGCUAGAGUGUAAAAUUGCUCCAAAGCUAAAAUGAUAUAGCUUCCUCAGCGAUGGACUGCUCGGCAGACAGAGGCAAGAUGGAAUAGUGUUUAGAAUGAUGACGAUUCAGUUACUGUUACAAAUGUCUAGAAUGGACCUCUGGUACAAAAAGACUUCUCGACUGGUUAUUGAAUCAAUAAGAUCCAACUAUAAUUUCAUGCAGCCUUCAGGAUUUUAACUACAACUUCAAGUGUUGACACCACUGAAGGUCCCGAUCCAAUAAAAAUCCUCUAAAGGAGCUUUUUGUAGUGGAUUGGUUAUGAUCUAUAGCUCAUCUAAUGAUGGAAGCCACUUCAUUUAGUAUUCUGUCCCUGUCUCAUUUCUUUUCCAACCCUUUUUAGUGACCUAUGUUUAUAUAAUGUUCUCCUAAUGUUUUAAACAUGUUUUCAUUUGAAAGGAUUAUGCAAAUACAAGGAAUAGGCCUAAAAAAAAGCAAUGCAGUGCACUGUAUAGUAAGCCAUUAUUAGGAAAUUGAAGGAGGGAAUAAAGAACACUGAAGAGUUGGGCUGAAACGAUUAGUCAACGUUAUCGACAACGUAGACAAUAAAAAAUUGUCGCCAACAUCUCAUUUAACAUAACAUGAGAUCAUAUGAGACACUUAUGAUGCGCGAGAGCAGCACUGCAGUUCGCGCCUGACUGAGGAAGAAUUACACAGCUCACAGUCCAGAUGCACUCUAAAAUUUCACAGCUUCAGGUGAUGUAGAUUGCGAAGUAUGAGGGAAUUAUAAUGCAAAAAUACAAAAGUAAAUACAGAAGCACUCUCGUUGUGGAAUAAGUGGAGCUGGAGCUGCCGCUCUGCUGAAGCAAAACUUGCGUGUCGAGCGACUUUAAAGGAAACACCCCGGCGUUACAUCUUAAAUGCAGUUAUAUUUAAUGUGUUACAGCUUUAUUAAAGUUCAAAUAAUACGGAAGCAGAUCAUGUAAAUAACUACAAACUCCGAAACUGGCAUUUCUCUGUGCGUCAGUGCCUCUUCUAUGAGUUGCGCGAAUGUCCCGAUCUAAGGGGGAGAUAUUGAAACUGCAGCCGGCUGAUGCACACUCUGUCACGGGGAUGCUCUUCCCUCGAGUGCGCACACUUUAUGUAGCUAGAUUAUAACAUGAUGGCUCGCGACUUAUUGUAUCAUAACACAUCACUGUAUGUUUAUUAUCAUGAAGAAAAUUGGCAAUACACAGCUUUAUUAAUAAAAGAGAGUUUGUUUGAUUUUUGUGAGUUAAAGAUGGAUUGAAGUGAACAGAAAGGUGAGAGAGGGUAGUCUUUGCCCCAUUAUACACUGCAACAAAAUACGUUUUUGAUUUGUUUUUGUUUUGACUUGUUUUCCAAUAUAAAUAUCUAAAACUCCUUUAAAACAAAGUACAAUUCCUUUAGCAGCUAUACUGCAGAAGAAAACAUUGUUAUCUGAGAAUGUUGAAUAUAAUAUUAAAAAUGCACAUAUUUUAAAAUAUCUAAAAAUCCUUUCAAAAAAAAAAAGAUUAAUUCACCUGAGAAGCAGCAUAUAAUAUAUUUAGACUUGCUUUUAGAGAAUAGAUCUUGAAUAUAAGUAUAUUUUGUCUUUACUGCACACAGAAGUAUAACCAAGUGAAAAAAUAUACUUAUAUACAAAAUACACUUAUAUUUAAGAUACAUUAUUUUAAAGUAAGUGUAAAUAUCUUAUAUGUUGCUUCAAGUAAAUGUAUCAAUUUUAAAUGGAAAACAAGACAAAAACACUUGAUAACAAUAGGAUUUUUUUUGCAGUGAAUUUCUUUACUGAAUUAAACUUAAUAAAAAUUAUUUUUUCCCUUUAAUUCAGUGAAUGUCGUUUAGAGGUAUUUUUAAAAGAUGAUUUUGUCCUCUUUAUUGUUUGCAAGCACGUUUAAUACAAACUUUUAAGUCGGGCACAAGCUGAAUAAUCGGUUAAGAGCUAAUGAAUAAUCGUUAGAUUAAUCCAUUAUCAAAAUAAUUGUUAGUUGCAGCCCUACCGAAGAGUGGAAACUGAGAUUUAAGGGUUCUUGAAAGAUGGAUGCUAUUUUAGUUGAUAAUAAGAGGAAAGUUUGGAUUUUGGCACGAGGUCUCCAAGUCAUUAAUUAAAUUGACAACUCGGGGUCAUUAACUCAAUGGGUUUCUCACAGUGUUUAAAGAUAUAUUAUGUCUUGAAACAGCGCUUCUGUAGUGCUGCUAUGAAUAUUGUUAAUAUGCUUUAGUUGAGUAAAUAUCAGCGGUUUUCCCCAAAAUGUUUGUUUCUUUUACAGAUAUAAUGUGUUAUAAAAAUGUAACUUUCUUCAUGAGCAGUGCUUAUUGUUUUAAUGAACUUGAUUUUUCAUUCAGAAAAUUGAUUGCCUUCUGUGGUUAUCUGGUAUAAUACUGACACUCUUCCAAAAUAGAUAACUAUCAAUAUACGAUAAGGAGCUCAAUGUACAGUAUGUGGGGCAUCGUCGAUAACAUUUUCAGAGAAAGGGGCAUUUGAUUUCAAAUUUCAGAAACUGAUAUGCCCAUCAUCAGACAUCAUAUUCCAAGGUCAGUUGGAUUUAUGGAGUGCAUUUGCAUACUCACCAAUUUUUUGAAUAACCAAAAAUCAGCUUAAAAAAACAAAAACAAAAGAAAACCGUGCUUACAUGGGAUUAGCUUUUGACGUGAAAACGUAAACAGGAAUGCGCACAAAACUUGCAUACAUUGGAUAAGCUGGUGACAACACCAAGUGGGUAUAGCUGCAGUACGGAGAUCGCCAAAUGGGGUAGAAUCUCCCAAAUAGGGUGUGGUUUCUCCAGAAGGGGGUGGGGUUACUCUAAAAGGGGGUGACGCCUCCACAGACAGUUAUGGUUAGGUAUGGUGCUCCCUAUAUCUUUGCUGGUGAUUUGGAGCUCCUGCCCCUUUUUGGAGCUCUGUCUACAGCUAUACCCUUUACGACAACGCUGGUAAUGGUGUUUACAUGCAGAACGAAAUCGGGCUAAAGUCUACUGUAUAUGUGGCGAUUAGUUUAUGCUUAAACUGUUUAUGACCUUAUACCCUGACAAAGGAAAACUGUUUAGGCCAUUUACACGACCUUGCACAUUGUCGGCUUAGUACGCAUAAUCGGUGUAAGAUUGUGCAUGUAUACGCACUCAUUGUCAAUCAUGCUAAACUGAAAUAAAGGCACUGUGACGCCGCAGAAUGGCUUUGUUAACCAUAGCUUUUUAGUUAACAAGUCAAUAAUUAAAAUGACCUAAACUGAAGUAGAACCUUGACAAUGACAAUCAAAUUGUAGUUAAUCUUUUAAUCAGAUAACAGAGCACCAGACAGAGAGUUAAGGUGGCAUGGUAUCAUAUUCUCCUAUUUUGCAUAAUGACUUUAAAAUGGCAGUGUCAUUCUGUGAGCUCAGUGAGAUGCAUUCAGAGCAUCUGAUGAAUGAGGACAGCAGCUGAUAUAAAUAUCCACAGCAAGUGAACCUCACAGACCUACUGUAGCAGGUCAAUAGUUGAGACAUAAAUCAUGUGUUUAGCUGAAGAAUGCUGACAGCUUUGGAAAAAGAUUGUUCAUUAAAAAUAAAUGGCAUUACAUGAAAGCUGCAUUAUCUUCCCGCAGCCCAAAACACCCCUUUGUUACUCUGCAUUCAACUUUGGCAUUCUUUCCAGGUGUGCAUUUUUGUAUAUCCAAAAUUAUAACCUGUUAUUGUUUUGUUUGCCAUAGCCUUUAUUUUUGACAGUCCUCCUGAACCAGUAACAGGACAGCAUGCAUGCUGAAACCAACAAGAACUUACAGUAGUUUUCCAGAAACCUUUGCAUUUUGGAGCAACAUUUCAGAGGUGUGGAUCUGCUUGGAAGAACAUAUUUGUACAAACUAUUCAGACAUUACGGAUUGGAUUGACCUGUGAUUAUACACUAAAAAAAUUGACAUGGGCAAAAUGGAAGUGAAUUUGCAAUGUAUGAAAAGCCAAAAAUAAAAAGUAUACAACAUUUCUUGUACACUACAAAUGUCAAUAAAAGCAGUCUUUAUCAAA